AUGUUCAGGCAUUUUGUGAGAAGAAGUUUGCCUCCUAUUAAAAGAUAUUCUACUAACGCAAAUGAAAAAGCUCAUGAAGCAAUUUCUAAAGAUGUAAAAAUGCAAGAUGUCUUCAAAUACGGGGGUGCUGGAGCUGGUGGAUUUUUCUCUGUUUGGGAAAUGGUCCAUAUUUCCAUCACUUCCACGAUCAAGCCAAUUGAAAAGAAACUAGGAAAACUGGACACGCUCUCUGAUGAUGUAUCCUUUAUUAAAGGAUACCUCAGUAUCGAAAGAAAAACUGAGAAUCAGAAAACUGAGGGCCAGGCAAUUAAGGAUUAA